AGCCAUGAGACUAGCCGCGUAUGCUGGGGCCUCGGUGGCCCUAGCCACUGGUGUGUUUCUAAAAGCUCUUCAUCAGAGGUCCAAUUUCUAUUCGGCAUGUGUUUACCUCUCUCAGAGUAGUGCGAAUCUUAUGAUCCUCACGAAUUUAUGCCUUCUCAUCACCGGUUUUGUAUUAUUCUGGCUUCAGCGACUUCUUUACGGACCCUUGCGACCAAUCGAGACCGAGCAACUAUACGAGCGGGCCUGGUUCGCCGUCACAGAGACAUGCCUGGCCAUGACCAUAUUCCGAGGCGAACUUGGAGGCUGGUUCUUGGUCAUGUUCAUUUCGCUGCUGGUCGGCAAGGUCUGGGGCUGGAUUGGCGAAGGCCGCGUUGAGUUCUUAGAGCAACAGCCACCGGCUAAUCCCCGGUUGUUCCAUACUCGACUGGCAGUAUCUCUCGUGCUAACGGUGUUAUUCGAUGCCUUCAUGUUGCAGUACUGUGUUCACACCGUACUUGCGCACGCACGGCCGGAUAUGAUGGUUAUGUUUGGAUUUGAAUUCGCCAUCUUAACGAUCCUCUCAACUUCAACCCUGCUACGAUACGUUAUCGCGUUAACUGAGAUCUCCAUCACCCGUCAGCAAAUAAAGGCCAAGAUGCAGGAACGCCGGGAUGAGAUCCGUGCUGCGCGUGUCGAGGCGAUUCGAGAACAUGCCCGCGCGGGAGCUACCUCUCCUCCUGACAAUCUGCCCGACGAAAACGAUGUCAACGAGAUGGAGAUCGACGUGCCCGGAUGGGAGGAGAAGGGUCGUUGGGUCUUCUACUUGGAUCUUUUGACCGAUUUGUUCAAACUCGUGAUUUACUUGAGCUUCUUUGGUAUCCUGCUCACUUUCUACGGCCUCCCCAUCCACAUUCUGCGGGACGUUGUUGUGACCAUCCGCUCCUUUGCCCGUCGCAUUAUGGACUUCAUGCGUUACCGAAAUGCAACAAGGGAUAUGCACCAGAGGUAUCCGGAUGCAACGGCAGACGAAGUCUCCCGGGAAGAUGUCUGUAUCAUCUGCCGUGAGGAGAUGAUUCCGGUUCAGCCGGCGCAACCGCAACCGGCUGCCAAUGCUGCUGGAGAGCCGGCACCACAGCCGGCUGCUGGAACACAGCGUGUUCCUGACCGCCUGCGUCCAAAGAAGCUCCCAUGUGGCCAUAUCUUGCACUUUUCGUGCCUCCGAAGCUGGCUUGAGAGGCAACAAAACUGCCCGACAUGCCGACGUCCUGUUAUAACACCCCAGCGAACUGGUGGAGUUGCUGGGGUUGGAGGCAAUAAUGCAGGCGGGGGUCAGAAUGGUGGCGUCCAGCCAGGCCAACAAGGUGCAGAUGCACAACCACGUGCUCGGGUCUAUCAGUUUGGGCCUUUCCGUAUCGGCUUUGGAGCCGUGCGUGGGGAUUUAUUCAACAAUCUUCAUCCACACGGUCACCAAGGUAACGCGCCGCAGCCUGGGGCACACCCGCCUGCGAAUGUGCCUGGAAGACAUAUUGGGUUUGGAUUUGGGUUCGGGCGCCGUCCCCAAGCCCCAACCCCCGCUGUCGCCCCACAUGCUGCGGCUCCGGGGGGAUCUAUCACUGCUGAAAUCAACGAUCAAUUGUCACAGAUCGAGCAACGGCUCAAUCAAGAGAUCGCCACCCUUCGAGCUGCCGCGGAGCAUCUAAAUCACGUGCGCCAACUUCGGGUGGAACUAGAGCGGUUGCUUGCCCAAGCAAGGGCUGUUAACCAACAAGUUGCCGGUCAACAAGGUGUUGGCCAACCACGUGUCGCCCAACCAGGUGAAGGCCAACCAGGCCCGGUUCCCCACGUGGCCCCAGAAUCUUCGGUCUUCACAACGGGUCACCAGUAUGGCGCAAACCCGGGCGCUGACGUUCUAAACUCUGGAGAUCCUCGUCUACCGGAAGGGCUUACUCUUCCGCCUGGUUGGACCCUCCUUCCUCUUCAGCGCGUGGAUAAUGGCCCCAACAGUGUGGAUCAUACAGUGCAACUCUCGUCUACCACUACAAUGACAUCCCCAGCUGCGCCAGCGGUGGCCAGCCCUGUAACCUCUCAAGUCCCCACAUUCCCUGUACCUGUUCAGGGUCAAACAACCGGGAACUUCGGGGUAAAUGCGCGCGGCACGACCAACUCUGAAACCCUUCCCGUAAAUGGGGCCCCUCAGCCCCCGGCAUUGCAGCCGACGCCAACCGUCCCUUCUGCGGAACAUCGCGCAGAAUCCCCAUCCCAAGAAUGGACCGAUGUUGCCCCUAGAGGGUCCUUCGAGGCCAGGCCGGCUUCUUCCAUUCCUACUACAUGGGGUAGCAAUGGGGAAUCUGCAAAUAGUGCUUCUGAUCAAGCCGACACUCACCCCGCGUCUGCAUCCAAUGGCAAAGGUCGAAUUGCAUCAGUUGAAGAAACGCGCGAUGAAGAAGCUUGA